GUGGGUUCACCUGAGUUAUCCUGACAUUCUGAGAACUGAGUAAGAGUAACUCCGGUUUAGAGUAUGGUUUGGAGAUUAUAUAGCAUUAACUUUCCGUUCUUCUUGACCUUACACUGAUAAGAUGGGAACUACACCAUUCCUGUUUGUGUGGAUAUUGCUUGAUAUUAACGCAGCUACUGGUCUGUCGUGCUACAAUUGUUUCAACAUCCCUGAAACCAGCACCUGUACUCAGACCAUCACUUGUCCAGAUGGAAAGCGUUGUUUGCUUUUGAACACUGGCGGAAAUCUCACACUAGGAUGUUCUGACAGCUCGACAUGCGCAGUGUUUACGGGAACUCAAAUAAUAGGAAAGAGAGAUGUCAAUGGAUUAAAAACUCAUUGCUGUGAUCAAGAUUUGUGUAACGGACAGCCAGCCAGUACAACUACAACGCCGGAAGUGUGUAUGGAUAUGAACUCUGCCUUCUGUAGCUCUCCUAUUGUCCAAACAUCCAUUUGCUCCGAUCCUGACCUGUCUCUAAAAUGGUGCAGAAAGACAUGUGGGAAAUGUACCACAACAACUGCAGCGCCAACUACCACUACCUCCACCACCACCACCGUCCCAUGUAUAGACAACAAGCCGGACCUCUGCUCGGCCCCGGGGGCAAAUGUGUUCUUCUGCUCAGAUCCUGCGCGCGCAGUCCAAUAUUGUCAGAAAACUUGUAAUAAAUGCGAUCUCCAACCUUAUACCAAUACACACACAACACUGAAAUCAACUACAGUAAAAACUACCAUUAAACCAUCCACCACUACCUCUACAACCACUACCACUACCACCACUCCUCCGCCCUGGGUCUGCGAGGACUACGAUAUAGCACACUGUUCUGACCCGGAAGUGAAGACCCUGGUGUGCCCCGACGCUGAUUUGAACUAUCUAUGUCGAAAAACAUGCAACAAAUGUGAACAGUCGGGUUAAGUUUCAACGAGUGAACAUUUUGUCUAAUAGAUUUGCUUAAUACCCGA